GAUUAUACUAUCGGAUGGGUUUGUGCGUUGCCCAAGGAACAGACGGCAGCCCUGUACAUGCUGGAAACCAAACAUGAAGACCUUCCAAAUCCUAUCAACGAUCACAAUGCAUAUUACCUUGGGAACAUCGGGCAGCAUAACAUUGUUAUCGCUUGCCUCCCUAUGGGAAGGAUCGGUAAUAAUAGCUCAGCAGUAGUUGCAACCCGGAUGAUAUCCACUUUCCCGAAUAUCAAAAUUGGCCUGAUGGUGGGAAUUGGAGGCGGCGUGCCUCCAAAAGUUCGGCUUGGAGAUGUAGUGGUCAGCUGCGCAAAAAAUGGUUAUCCUGGUGUCAUCCAGUGGGACAUGGGCAAAACUGAAAAGGACGGGUUUAAGAGAACAGGGUCUCUAGACAAUCCCCCAACGGCACUACUGACGGCCAUAAGCAAGUUUGAUACUGACCCAACCGAAUCUCGGGCCAAAAUGUCUAAGUACUUGGCCGAUUUUAAAUCUCGGAAAAGCGAUUUCAUCACUACUGAUACCCUUAAAGACGUUUUAUAUAAAUCCAGUUACAUUCACGCGGGAAGAAGCCAAAACUGCAACCUAUGCGAUGAAUCCAAGAUUCUCAAAAUACCGAAAAGAGAAGGCAUGAUGAUACACUACGGUCUAAUUGCAUCGGGCAAUCAAGUAGUGAAAGAUGCUGUGUUCCGAAACAAACUCAGGAAAGACUUUGAAGGGAAUCUCCUGUGCCUCGAGAUGGAGGCAGCUGGGUUGAUGAACGAUUUUCCAUGCAUCGUCAUUCGCGGCAUUUGUGAUUAUGCAGAUUCACACAAGAAUAAGGCCUGGCAGGAGCAUGCGGCGGCUGUGGCAGCAGCUUAUGCAAAAACACUCCUUACGAUGCUGCCAGUGAGCGACAUCAAUAGGAUGCAAACGAUCAAAGGU